AUGAAUGGAAGUUGGGAUGGUGGGGUUCAGGGAAUUCUCAACGAGUGGAGAGGAGAUAAUUGGAACAGACUUAGCUUCACGUACAACACUACUCCAAUGGCAGCUUACACCAAUACGCUUCCUGACUUGGGCGUCAACCCCCGCCCAUUGUACCUUUUGAUAGCGAAGAUUACCGGCGAGGGAAAAAGAGCUGGGAUGAGCAAACUGAUGCUAGUAGCCGAGAUGGAGACGAUGAAGACAAUACCGACUCGGAUGAUGAUGAACGAUCUGAAAGAACGUGGGUUCGCACCCGCCAUGGCAACCACGUUGGCAUUAGAAGGCGUUAUAGUAGAAGACGAACUGCUUCUGGCUGGCGGUUGCACAGCUGUGGGUGAUUCCUUAAAUCCAAACUCGCGAGAAGAAAGAGGAUCUAGAGUCGGAGAAGUACGUGAGUUGGAUGCGUCAUUCAGUGGUAGUGCUCUUGGAACUGAUGAUGUGUCCAUGGGGGUGGUCUCGAGUUACCCGUCUGGAGCGUUAGAGAGCUUCUUCUCGGGCUUCCAAUUUUCUGAUCUUGCAAUAGUUUUGAAACUUAAACGGCCUGCUCCCGCAUUUCUGGAGAAAUAUUUUGAACGCCACAUACUGGAUAUUCUUUCUUUUUGGAUUUCACACCUUAACUCACCGAUGAACCUAGACAAGCCAGAUACAGGAGUUUCGUUGUCACUAUCGGCGAGUCGGCUGACCACUCCGCAAGGCCCCAAGGCUCCGCCGUUGGGUCCUUUGUGUAAUACAUCAAACAACUUGAUGAUCACUUCCCCUCCUUCGUCUGCUGGUCCUGUAUCGCCUCACGAAGGACAGCCUAUCCCCUCAGUAGUGUCUUCCAGAAAAGCUGGGCGAGUGUUUGACCUUGCAAGAGGUGUCGAAUUGUUCAAACGUGGAUCAGAGGAAGUUUUGGCUAGGUUUCUAAAAAUGAGCUCAUGGGAGGAAGAGUCCUCUCCUCAGUGGCGAUUCGGUGCUGUCAUUGUAGUAGUAUCUCAUUUCUGA